GCCCCAAACAGAAAUCCAAGUCUACCCAAGUUGCUCGACGGCUGUUGACAGUGUCGGUUCGCGGCUUGGAUCGCGCAGAUCACGGAUCACAGAUCACAGAUCGGAGAUCGUGAAUCGCUAUUAACAGAUCAGCAGCGAUUACGUCUCCUUCAAGGUUAAUUAGCCAGAAGAAAACAGAGAACGAAGAUCCCCACCCACAUAAACGCCGUGAUGUCGUUUUUCCGGAAUAUACGCUCCUCGCUCUCGUCGUCACGGGCCAAGAGCUCCCGAUCCUCCUCCCGCGACACAACGCCCGUGCGGUCAUCCGGUUCCCGGCCGGCCAGUGUUAUUAGUGCCGCCGCCACCAGUCGCAGGGACUCCACCGCCAGCUCUACCCUCCAGCGGGGCGACACCUUCAUACUGCCCAACUCCGAGGAGGAUACUGCUCCUGCCUCGAACACCUCCACUCUAGAGAAGAAGUCAAAAAAAUCCAAGGUCUUUAGCAAGUUCAGCACUUUCACCAAGCGGAAGAAGACCCCUUCCCCCGAGGAAGUGGCCAGCUACGAGCACCAUCCCAGCGACACGGCCACCAAUACCUACUACAAGUGGAGGAGCGAUGGAGCCGAUCGCCUGCAGGACUACGACGCCCAGGCGGAUCCCUUCAACUUCCUCUACGAACAGCACUCCAGCCUGAGGGCACUGCAGGCAGGAGACUCCAACAGCGGAAGCGUCCAUCGGCAGUCCAGCAUCGGCUCGAAUUCCAGCGGCAGCUUCGACUCCUCCACGUACCGCAAAAACAAGACACCCACGCACCUGAGAGAGCAGCUGGAGCAGCUGAAGACCCACUCCAACGACGACCUCCUGGAGGACCAGCAGCGCGAGGAGGAUGAAAAGGAGAAGUACAAGACAGUCACGCUGAACAGCUUCAGGAAGUCCUUCAGGGAUCGCCUGCUGCAGCAGCAGAAGGAGGCCCCCCACAAUCCCGCCUGGUUCGUGGAGGUUCCCGCCCAGCCGGCAGCGGGCAAGAACCUGGAACGUCGGGAGUCCAAAGAGAACCGCCCGAAUUUCCUGGUCUUCGAGAACGAUAACUACAGACCCACGUCGCGGUCUCCGCUCCGGGAUCGUCCCUCGCGUUCCGCCACUCGCUCGCCCGUGAAAAGAAACGAGACCUUCCGGGUGACUCAGUCCUCGUUGCGACACAUAACCCCCUCGCCGGAACCAGUACCCGCCCCCUCCAUUCGAAUCGAGAUCAAGAACUCCAUAUCCCCGCACUCGCCCGGCAGAUUCGUGCCCGUGGGCGUGGCCAAGCCGAUGCCCACAACGGAGUACUACGCCCAACGAUUGCUGGCCACGAAUCCCAGCCGACCACCCGUGAGGAGCACCAGUCCGGUUCAGAACAGAUGGCACCGCCAGGCGACCUCCCCCACCCGCCUCAGUGUGGGCCAGAGCGCCCCGCAGAAGGGAGGACGAACCCUCGUCCACAUCGGCGCCGAUCAGACCAAGAACAUCCCUCCGGUCACCAGGGGGCGUGCUCCGACGAGGGUCCAGCUGUACGGGAACAAGCCGCAGAGCCGCCAACCACAGCAGACCACGUACUUUGGUGGACACUACAAUGCACCUGCCAAGCCCGCCAGUAGAAUCGCGUCCAGCGGAGGUCCCACUGUAUAUUUGGGGCGUCGCGAGCCGCCAACACGUGCCGCAAACACUCACACAUCGGCCGCCCACGUAGCCGCCCCCAUGCCACGUCGGAAUCGAUCGCCGAUCAAAAUGCCCUGGCGGUAGGCGGUAGGCGUCAACCAAAUUGAGAUUCUAAGAAUGGAGGAGGAUCGGGAGAAUCAGGAGAAUUCUUCAAUUGCGUCACUAUCAAAGCUGGGAGCGCAGUCUUGACUCGUUACUUGUUGUUGCCAGUCAGUCGAUAAUGGGCAAACAAAUGAUUUAUGUAUCCAUCAAUCCAUGCAAUCCAUGUCGAGCGUUGUGAAUUUUUUUUAUACGUAAAAUUAUGGCUAAGUAAAUAAUAAAAAACAAACAAACGA